AUGAAAGUAGCGCUGAAAUUUUUGUUAAGUAUCGGUGUGGUGAUCAUACUCUGUGUGAAUGCGAUCGAUAGAGUGUCAAGUCAACCUAUGCCAGUGGAUGAACUAAACUCAGCAAUAUGGAUCAUUCAACAAUACAAGAGUACGGUUCAAGAGAACGAAGCAGCUAUUUGUAGUUCAGGUUACUUUACUUGUUCAGCGGGAGCACCUCGUCAUAUCACUCAAAUUUUAUUGUCUCUUUUUGAUAUAACAGACAAUGGCCAAUCACCAAAUGCAGCAUUACAAACAUUUUCAUUCCCAGAACUUGAGAGUUUAUACAUAAAUGUGGACUCUACAGUCAAAACAGAAUCUCUCAAUAUACUGAAUUUAAUCAAGAAUCUAGAUAAUCUUCAAACUAUCAAGAUCAUUUCAGAUUUCUCAAUUACAACUAUACCACCAAUGGUAGGGUUACCCAAGUUAACUUUAUUCUCUGUGAGUGGUCAGUUAUCUCUACCAUUUACUUUUGAUUUUGGACCUGCUAUAGAAGAGGUGUCAUUGAGUUCGAUUUCUGGAGGAUUUACAAUCGAUGCAAAUACACCAGUCCACUCUAAAUUGAAAAAGGUGUACUUUCAUAUUGGUGGUGCUUUAGCACAAAGUUUGACAUUUACAGCAGAGUCAUUCCCAGUAUUGGAUAGCUUGAGUCUCUAUCUCAGCGGUAAUCACAUUGGAUUCACCAGUCAAUAUACUGCUUUCAGAUACAUCGAAUAUUACUAUUGUGUAUGUUUAAAUAAUAAUAAUAAUAAUAAUAAUAAUAAUAAUAAUAAUAAUAAUAAUAAUAAUAAUAAUAAUAUUCCCAAACAAAACUGUGCCACCACUUUUUUACCUCCAUUGAGUGAAUUUAAAAAUUUAGUCACUUUGAUAUUACAAUAUUCAAAUAUGACAGGGUUUCCACUCAUAGAGUACCCCGACUCAUUGACAUAUGUUCGUGUGUCCAAUGGGUUUCAAUUCGAUACAUUUCCAGAUAUUCCUGCAAACAAUGUGCAGGCCAUGCAUUAUGUUAAUAAUAAGCUUAAAGGAGACAUUCCAUGGAACAAUUUCAUCAAUUCAACUUAUAUGCUUUUGGAUCUCACAAACAAUCCGGCAUUAACAACAUCCAUCCCCCAAUCAUUUUGUGUAAAUAGAUUGUAUAUCAAAGGGUGUCCAUUGAUUACCAAUGUGCCAGAAUGUUUCCUUUGUUAUCAAAAGAGUACUGAGAAUGUUCAAACUGAUAUUGUCCUCGAUGCUGGUUUUAAAUGCAACAUUACUUUUGUUUCAACAAAUAUUUAUACAUCGAUAGGAGUUGGUUUCAUAGAAGGUACUAACAUUGGGUAUGGUAACAUGGCUCUGGGUAGAUACGUUUUAGAUUCUCCCAUACCAAAUAAAAAACUGAGAUAUUUUGAUACUUUAAGACCAACUGGACCACCAAACACUGUUACUCUUACUUUGGAUAGUAAUUAUCCAGAAUAUACAGCAGAUUUUAAUGUUUUAGAGGUCGGUAUACAAGCUCCUGGUGUAGUUACCUUUCAACAAAUACCAUCUGGUGUCUACCAGAUCUCACUCUAUACUCAAUUUAUAAAUGGGUAUCUUUUACACGCUGUCAUUAUAAACAAUAAUAUUGAUUGCGUCAUUUCUAGCACAGUGGCAAGCUCAUCUGAUUUGAGUUGCAACGUGACAGGAACACCUUUCAAAUCAUUUCAAACCUAUCAAUAUAUAUUGAGCAAUGGUUACACCAAUCUAACUAAAAGUUUUACAACCCCACAAUUAUACCCUGUUGAUUUGUAUUUAACAAUGUGGGAAAAUUUGGUAAUGGUUGGAUCAAAGUAUUUAUUAAAUGGGUAUUUCGGAAUAGCCAAACCUAUUAUCUAUUUUAAUGGGGAUCCAACUAUCUGUCUCCCAGCUACCUAUGAUUCUGGUGCAAUUCAAUGCAUUCAAGUCAAACCUUGGCCAGCAAUUGGAUUGACCAAUAUUACAGUAUCGGUUGAUGGGUUCAUGUCAAAUAUCGUUUCGGCCAAUCUGACAUCACCUCAAAGUAUUUGUAAUACUACUGGUUGUUCGGGUCAUGGAACUUGUAAUUCAAAUGGAAUUUGUGUUUGUGAUACUGGUUAUUAUACUGCUAAAUGUUCAGAGAAAUAUCCAAUUUUUAAAUCGGGAUCAUAUGAUUUAAAUGAUAGAAAAUUGAUCAGUAUCUAUGGUGAUUUCGGACCAUUCAAUCAGUUAGCAGUAUCAAUCACUUUGGAUAAUACUGAUUGUCAAGCUACAUAUAAAUCACAAACAUUGAUUAAUUGUACAUUGGUCAGUGAACCAACUGAUGGUUUGGCAUUGUCAUCAGGUUCAGGGUCAGAUAGUAAUGGCAGUGGUGGUGAAUUAACAUGUCCAUUUAAUUGUUAUGGUCACGGUCAAUGUAUCAAUGGGAAAUGUCAGUGUCAACCAGGUUAUAGUUCAAUUGAUAAUUGUUUGACAAAAACAAGCAAUCAUACAGUAACACCCAAUACAACAUCACCAACAACAUCAUUUGAUAUCGAUGGAAUUGAUUUCCAAUUUGAAAUGAUUGCCAUUCAAGAAAUAGACACCGAUAAUAAUAUCAUCAACGAGGUAUUGACAAACAGUUGGAGCUCAACUAUAUUGAUAGAUAAUCAAACACAAACAACAACAGUCAACUAUCAACUCAACAACAGUGAUACAACAGCACUAGUAACAGCAACGAUAUCAUUCUCACAACAACCAAGAGAUAUUCAAUUUGGUUCACAACUACUUCACAUCGAUGCCAAUUCAAUCAAACUAUCAGUCAACAUUAGUAAUUGGACAUUCAACACAUUCUUGACAACACUCAGAGUCAUCUUCAAAACAACCAUCAACAAUGACCAAUCAAUCGAAUUUGAUUGUCAAGAUGUUAAUAUUGAUACACUCAGCUACGAUCAACUAUCCAACUCUAUUCAAUAUCUACGAGUGGUAAAAGAUAAUAUUCAAUUCACAGGUAGAUUUAUCGAUUAUGUAUUAUCUGAUGGAAGACCAACUUUCUCCAAGACAUCAAUCAUCAACAAAACUGCUUCAUUAGAUGAUCAACAAUCAACUAUAUUAAUUGGAAUUAGUAUGCCACAAUCAUCAGAAUCUAUCAUCGAUCCAGAUUUCACACCAUUAUUAAUCGACAAGAGUGCUGACAGUGGAUGUGACAGUAAAUCCAAUACAUGGAGAAUCAUUGUUGGUGUUGUUGUUGGAGUUGUUGGUGCUGUUGCCAUUGCAGUGGCAUCUAUUAUAUUGAUUAAAAAGAAAAGAACUGUUCUAAGGCACAACGCAAAAAUACAACAUAAACUUGCUAGAAUGGGUUGA